CCGUGCCUGGGUAGCAUGCAAGUGCAUGCCAAUACAGUCUUGUGGCCUACCUUCCCUGUUGGUCUCCUUUUUUGGCUGUGCUUGCCUUCGAGAGACAUCUUGCCACGUGUACCCCAUCACCUAAAGGGAGUCCUUUUUUGCUACAGCUGUCCAUAUAGCCUGGUGCUGAGCCGCACUCCACGUGGACUUCGGCAAUGCGUAGAUGGAAGCUCCAUCUGUACAGCCGUGGCGACAACAUCUAAAAAAUCGCAAGGGACGGCCAUCGAAUACCUAGGAAGCCAGGGGUUUUCCAAAGCUUCAAGCAGCGGGACCAGGCUUCAUCGAGGCUACGUGGAAGAAGCAACGUUAGAAGACAAGCCGUCACCUACCACCCACAUUGUGUUUGUCGUCCAUGGCGUUGGGCAGAAAAUGGACCAAGGGAGGAUUAUCAAAAACACUGCCUUGAUGCGGGAUACAGCGAGGAAAAUAGAAGACAAAUAUUUUAGCAACCACGCCACGCACGUUGAGUUCCUGCCCGUUGAAUGGAGAUCGAAGCUUACCCUUGAUGGAGACACUGUUGACUCUAUUACUCCAGAUAAAGUCCGCGGCUUAAGGGAUAUGCUCAACAGCAGCGCGAUGGACAUAAUGUAUUACACAAGUCCCCUCUACAGAGAUGAAUUAGUCAAAGGUCUUCAGCAGGAGCUGAACCGCUUGUACACGCUUUUCUGUUCGCGGAACCCAGACUUCCGAGCAAAGGGCGGGAAAGUGUCGAUCGUGUCGCACUCUUUGGGCUGCGUGAUCACCUACGACAUCAUGACCGGGUGGAAUCCGGUCCGGCUCUACGAACAGUUGCUCGAGAAGGAGUACGAGGACCUUGAAGACACCUGGAUGAGCUUCGAGGAGCAGCAUUUGCUAGAAGAGUUUUAUAUAACCAAGCAGCGAUUGAAGGAAAUAGAAGAGAGGUUGCACGGGCUGAGGACCUCCGCCAUAUCCAAACCACCUGCCUUAAAAUUCAAGGUUGAGAAUUUCUUCUGUAUGGGAUCUCCAUUAGCAGUGUUUUUGGCCUUGCGCGGCAUCCGUCCAGGAAACAGUGGAAGCCAAGAUCACAUUCUGCCCAGAACUCUUUGUAACCGGUUGCUAAACAUUUUUCAUCCAACAGAUCCAGUGGCCUACAGACUAGAACCUUUAAUCCUGAAGCACUAUAGCAACAUUUCCCCUGUCCAGAUCCACUGGUACAACACCACAAACCCGCUACCUUACGAGCACAUGAAGCCAAGUUUCCUCAACCCGACUAAAGAACCUACCUCAGUCUCUGAGAGCGAGUCCGUCCCGACGAUACCCAGCCCGACGACAUCGCCCGUCAUGGCGCGGCGGCACUACGGAGAGUCCAUAACGAAUAUAGGCAAAGCAAGUAUAAUGGGAGCGGCGAGCAUUGGGAAAGGCCUCGGAGGGAUGCUCUUCUCGAGGUUUGGGCGUUCCAGCGCCCCCGCCUCCCAGGCACUCGAACCGGGGAAAGAAGGGUCGGAAGCCGAGGAGAAGAAGCCGGCCUCUAGCCAAGCGUCCAUUGGCACGCAGACCUUCCCUCACAGCAGCUCCGGCUUCCUGGACCCAACACUGGAGCUGGAGCGAAGGAUCGACUUUGAGCUCAGGGAAGGCCUGGUGGAGAGCCGAUACUGGUCGGCCGUCACGUCGCACACGGCUUACUGGUCAUCUAUGGACAUCGCUCUCUUUCUUCUCACCUUCAUGUACAAGCAAGACCAAGAAGACGAAGAGGGCGGCAUCCAAUCGCACCCAGACCCUGUUUGAUUUUGGCUGGGGGGGGAGGGGAGGGAAGGGGGGGGGAUAUAACUUAUUGAACAUCAUAGACCAAUCUAAUUGAACGUGAGGCGCACGGAUGUUUCAGGUUUAAAUGCAUGUCUGGGUUUCCUCCUUCUGCAAUUAUUUGUCCUUCUGCUUCUCAGACCAUCCGCUGUUCUAAUGAAGUCUCUCUGAAGGGGCUGCUCUCAGUCCCUGCCGGUUUUACCUGUACGGCCCAGCCGGCGGUAGCAUUUUAGCCCCUCUGCCAAGGGGGUCUCCGUAACCGCUCUUCGACCAAGUUCUCCCUCCUCCACCCCUUUUUAAGUGCAAACAUUAGUCUGCUAAAAUUAAAAAAAACAUUUUUACUCGAGAAAAAUGCCUGCAAACCUAAAACAGCCAUGUUCUUGUGUCCUGGGAAAUAAGAUGCCUCGAUAUUAAUGUCCCGAUGCAAACUCUGUCUCUCCUGGUUUCACUGAAAUUCUUUUGGGGCGGCAGACUCGAACGGUGUGCUAACGCAGCUCAUUCAGAAAUUAACGCUGACGGGCAGAUGUAAGGCAGAUAGACUGUAACCAUAAUUUACUAUUACCUCUGACUAACCUUUUCCUUUUAAGCCAGUGUGUAAGAAGCAUCUCUUUUCUACAGGUUUCUUUCUCUUUCUCUUCCUUCCUUCCUUCCUUUUUUAAUUUUUUUUGAGGGGCAUAAUUUAAAGAACCACAUUUCUUUUCUACAGUGUUAAGACUGUUCCUCAGACGACAUAACUUUGUAUUAUUCCAAUGGAGCUAUGAACACUGUGGCACACUUUUCAGUAUUUUUUCAUUAAAAAUAAUAAAUCUUUGUGGUAUCACACUGA